AUGUCUAUUAUCAUCAAGAAGGUCACGGACUUCUACAAGAAGGACGAAUGUGUCAAGUACUACAAGUUUGGCAAGACGCUUGGCACGGGGAGCUUCGCCACGGUGAAAAGUGCCGUGAACAAGGCGGACAACACCAAGUGGGCCGUCAAGUGCAUAGAGAAAGCGAGCUUGGCGCCAGACGACGAAGAAGCGUUGCGCGUGGAAGUGGAGGUGUUGCAGAUGGUCGAGCACCCCAACAUUGUCAAGCUCAAGGAGGUAUUCGACUGCCCCAAGACGUUUUACAUGGUCAUGGAGGAAAUGAGCGGCGGGGAACUGUUCGACCGCAUCGUCGAAAAGGAAAAGUACUCGGAGCGAGAGGCCCGCACGGUUGUGCACAAGCUGGCGACGGCGCUCGCAUACUGCCACACCCUUGGCAUUGUGCAUCGAGACCUCAAGCCGGAAAACCUCUUGUACGAGUCGACGGAAGAAAACGCCGAGAUCAAGAUCGCCGACUUUGGUUUGGCCAAGUUGAUCCAAGGCAACUCGAUGAUGCAGACAGCGUGCGGUACCCCGGGGUACGUCGCCCCCGAGAUCUUGGAAGGCAAGCCGUACGGGGGCGAAGUGGACAUGUGGAGUUUGGGGGUCAUCACGUACAUCCUCCUCUGUGGGUUCCCUCCAUUUUACGACGAGAACAACGCCGCGCUGUUUGCCACGAUCAAAGCUGGCGCGUAUGAUUUUCCGUCGCCUUACUGGGACCACGUGUCGGACAGUGCCAAGGACUUGAUCAAUCACAUGCUUGUGGUGGACGCCAAGAAGCGGUAUUCCGCCGAAGACGUGCUCAACCACCCGUGGGUCAAGGAUCCGGAAGGGGCGAGCGAUAAGCAACUGCCCAGCUUCACGACAGAAAUGCGCCGAUACAACGCCCGCCGACGCUUCCGAGCUGGUAUCAUGGCGGCCAAGGCGAUUCGAGGCAUGUCGUUGCUUCAUAAGAAAGGCGACGAUGGCGCGGCGGAUGGGGGGGUGCUUGGGGCGGCGUCCCCCGUGGGGCGUUCUGGCAGGGGGACCGCCGCGGCCGGCGGCGAGAAUGUCCAAGUGGGUCACGCACGUCGCGGCUAA